AUGUACCAACAGGACACUGAUGAACUGAAGCGACACUUUACGAACAUGAUUUCAAUCUUUAGAACGCCAAAACUGAUCGUCAGGACUGACAGGGGCCGCAUGUUCCAAAGUGUCGAUUUUCUUAAUUGGGUCAAGGAUAUGGCAGAAGUGGCCUGCGGUUAUGUGGAAGUUACAACUGACUCUCAACAUAACAAAACACAAGACGACGCGAUACUCUGUCUUGAACUUGCUCAUAGGCGUCGAAGCGGCUACACCGCUCAUACUUCCGUUACACGUUCCAGUGGUAAUCGGGAAGCCAUUCGUGAGAUUAGUCGUCAGAGAGCGUUUGAACAUAUAUGUGACAAUCAAGCCCGUCAGGACGCCUACGUUAACAGGAGACGUAAGCCAACUCAAACCUUUGAACUACACUCCUUAGUAUUUGUUCGUAAGCAGGCGCAGUCAACCGGGAAGUUAGACUCGUGUAUGCGAGGACCUUACCGGGUGGUGAAGAUACUUCCACACGGUCGCUAUGAGCUGCAGCUACUGGCUGGCUCGUAUGGCAAGUCGACUCAAGCGGCUGCGGAAUAUAUUGUUCCGUGGCGUGGAGAAUGGACCCCUGAUGUUUGUGCUGCUUUCUUUGAUGACGCAGAUACUGAAGAAGAGGAAUUAACUGCCGGUGUCGACCUGCGUCCCGGUGUUGUACAGCCUGUGGAAGAGAUCGAGCCGCAACAAGGACCCUCAGGAAUACAGAGAUUCUCAGAACUAGCUGCCUCCACUGUGAAGGAAGAAAAUCCCCUGCUCUCCGUCCCAAUCGUGGAAACGGAUCGUGACAGUUGAAAAUAAAGAAGCCCGGGGACGGUCUUCUGUCAGGAAAGGCCGUGUAGGAAUAUAGGAGGGUAGUAGUGGGAGGAAAUGUAUUUAAAGGAGGGUGGACGGUAGACAGGUCUCUUUUUUGCUAUCGUGUGUUCGGUCGAUUGGUGUCAUACUGUGUUAUUUUUGUAAUCCAUUGCGAUUAAGUUUGUUAGUGUCGUGUUGCUAGGGUUAGUUUUGAAUUAAAUUAGGAGAAUUGUUGUUACAUAAAUUCAUUAGUAAAAAUUGUCGAAUAGUUUGUGAUUUUGUAAAAUUGAUUAAAUUUAUUAUCUAGU